GGUUCCAUAUCAAUGGAAUUCACGAAUUGAAUGACAAAGUUGAUGGGGACACCACAGAAAAUGCAAAUUGUCUUUGGGCACAUCUAGAGAAAGUUAAUGUCCUCUGCAAGACAGCAAUCACAUUCAUUGGAAGCCUACAAUUGCCACCACUUUGUGACUACAUUCUUCAAGCAACUGAUGCUGGACCAGGCGUUGGUGUUUCUAACGUAGAGGUGAAGUACAGAGACGUUGAGAUGUCAAGAAUUAAUGAAUGGAUGCACAUGAAUAGGAUUCACAGGGCGCCUCACGACUCAAGCCAAAAUGAGGCUGAGCGUCCCAACGCUGCCAUUGGUGAAGCUUUGGUUGACGGCAGAGCAUUAAAGUGGGAAUAUUUUAAGCCAGCGGAUAUCAUGAAUGAGGAAGAAUUUAAGAAACUCACUGUUGCUGAGAUCAAGAAGCUUGAGGCAGAAACGAUGGAGCGUAACGCGUGGAAGGUUUCAGAGGAGGUUGUGUCAAGAAUUGAUGGUGAGCCUGGUCCUGCAGGAGACUGCAUGAAAGCGUUUGUAACAAAAAAGAAUGACCAGCAGUUCUUUUUUAACACUGAAUACCUGCAUAAAUAUAAUGCUGGAAAAUCAGAAAAGAAGAAAGUUCAAGUCCCUGGGCACCACUACUUCAAAAAAAUCGAUAGCAUUAUUGCAACGUGCAUGAGUUCUGGAGAAAUGUUUCAUGAGUACUGUGUUGACCAGGCAGUGCCUCCAACUCCUCGUCCAGUUCCAGACAUCACCAAGCUCCCAAAGUUCCACUACUUACCUCUCCAAGAUACACCAAUAAGAAAGGAAAAUGGUAAUAGAAGGGAGGUAGAUGAUUUCCACCCUAGAGCACGCUUGAGAGCACUUCAUAAAGAGAAAGCAAUCAAUGUAGAGGAUGCUUUAAGUGUUAAAGCCUUCUGUAACAAAUACAUUGUCGAGGAGAACCUUGUAAAUGUCUU